ACUAGAGUCGAUUAAAGAUGCGGAAGGUAGUGAAAAAUUAGGUGGAAUCGCCCUUUAGCCAUUUCCCGAAUCGGAAACCAACUUCAGCUUCGUUCCCACCAGGCUGAUUACGGGACAAAUGGGUGUGCUGGUGUACAAAUUAUCCCCUCCUAUCGACAGAGGUCGUCACUACUUUUCCCCAUAUCCCCGGCUUGUGGGAAAUAAAAGUUCAGAGAAAAGGAAAGUGGUUUGUUGAUUCUCUGAAGCAUCGUGUGCUUCAGAGAAGCAGGUCUCACCGAGCUGUUAGUGGUUAACAGCCGAGCUGCAGUCCAGGCGGGGCAGAGCUGCAAGCCAGAGCCCUGAGCCACCUGGGUCCCGGUUGUUCACAAACACCGGAUUAAGUCUCUGAAAUUGAAGAGAACGAAGAACUUGUACCAGUAAUGGACAGUAUUCUGGAUAAUUUCUCAAAAACUGAAUUUGUUAGCGUUUGUGUUCGAGAUCCUAGACUCCACAAAGUUGACCCUUGGCACACUCAUGUCGACUACGAGAUCUGUUUACAAACCAACAGCAUGUGUUUUCGAAAGAACACUUCCUAUGUGAGACGGCGUUACAGUGAUUUCGUUUGGCUGCGUCACUGUCUGAAGGGGAAUGCUCUGAUCAUAGAAUUGCCCAAGUUGCCACCCUGGAAUCCCUUCUUUAGUUUGAAGAACACAGAGCAAGUAUCCAAAAGAAUGAAGGGCCUGCAGGAGUUUCUAGAAAAUGUUUUUCAGAGUCCCUUAUUGUUAUCAGAUAGUCGGCUCCAUCUUUUCCUCCAGUCAGAACUCGGUAUCAGAAGGAUUGAAAGGUGUGCUCUUGGUAAGACCAGGUACACUGUAGCUGAAGCUAUUCAACAGUCCAGAAGCAGUUCAGAGGACAAGAGUUCUUCUGACUCGGACUGUGAGAGCUAAAAGAAAAUUCCCUGACUCAUCAAGAGAUGGAUGCCACGUCAAGAUAUGGAUUCCACUCCAGCAGAACCGCAUGUUCUCAAAUUAAGAGAAGUUUCCCUUUAGUUGGCAAAUCGUUGGAUGUGUGAAAUUGUCCCAAAAAAAUCUUGGUAUGCUGAAGUGUUAGGAGUUCCUUUCAGUGGAAUUAAGAGACUAAGUCUAACCCCUGACAAACAGUUUCGCAACAUAAACCCAGCUGGAAGAAAUUUUAUGACUACAAUUUUACUGAGCUCCUCAAAGUGACCCAUUCUUUCACAAAUAUUUAUAGCAAAAGUGUGCAUGUAGCAUUGAAAGUGACUGAAACGACUUUCUUCGAUGAUAUGAAUUGGCGAGUAACUACUUUUGGCAAUAAAGUCUUGCAGAUAUUCUUUGACUUAUAGAGGUCAACGCACAUCUUACCUUACUUUAAGUGGCAUGUUCUCUUCUAUUUACAAAUUUAAAACUGUGGGCCAGCGAAAUGACCCUUUGUGUCAUAUUUUAUUUAUACCACAGAGAAACAGGAAGUUAUGAAUUACUAAUGAAAAGUUCCUAGACACUGAUUCAUAAAAAAAUAAAUAAUUAAAAUAAACAGUAAAUUUGUGGUAUUUGCAGCGAUACGGACCACAAUA